GUCUGAACACACCCCAGCUCGGACAUCUUCUGCACCGACUCACGACCAUGACUGCACGGACCACCUCCUCUCUGCUGGCCGGGCUCCUGCUCCUCUUUCACACCUGGAGAGUCUGGGCUGAUGUGGAGGUAACCAUGAAGGAUAAAGUGGAGGUGUACCUGGGAGACACGGCGCAGAUCACCUGCAAGUAUACGUCAGACGAUGGCAGUGGAGGCACAUUCAUUGAGUGGUUUUAUGUUACACGUUCUGGAGACAGACAGAUAAUCUGUGAACGUCACAGCUUUGGGACAACCGUAUCCAAAAACACUCUGUACACAAACCGGAUCAGCAUGAAUGACACCGAAACCCCCGGAGAGCUGGUUCUCACUAUCAGCGAUGUGCAAGUGGAAGACGAUGUGGAGUUCAUCUGUAAGGUCAGAGGUUUCACAGAUGGAUCUACAGAGGGAAGCACGAAGCUGAGGGUGUUUGCAAAACCUGGGCUUCCCACCAUCGAGGGUGUCCAAACUGGUAUCUCUGUCAGCGAAGACGUCCUAUCGAAGAUUGGCACUUGUAUGGUGAAAAACGGAUACCCCAAACCGAACAUCACCUGGUACAGAAACAACGUGCCGCUGCGCAGCUCUCCAAACGUUGUGGACGUGGUGUCCAGCGUCACCACCGAGUCGAGCAGCCUGCUCUCGGUGAAGAGCGAGCUGAGACUGAAGGUGCAGGAGGAGGACAAAGACGCCAAGUUCUAUUGCGAGGUCACCUACUUUGUUCCUGGAGCCACCAAGAUGACCGAAACCCCAUUUAUCAACGUCAAUGUCUUGUAUCCCUCCACUGCUGUAAACAUGUGGGUUGAAUCUCCAACGGGUAAAAUCAAAGAGGGCGACUCGGUAGAGCUUCACUGCAAAGGCAACGGGAAUUCUCCUUCCUCCAUCUCCAUUAAGCACACGAACAGUGAAGCCUUGUGGGAAGGUGACAUGGUGGUGCUGAAGAACGUUACCCGUCUAAACAGUGGAGAAUACGAGUGUUCCUUAAUGGACAUGGACACUUACGACGAGAUUUCAGGAAAUACCACAGUGUUCGUCAAUUAUCUCGAUCCUGCCGUUUUAAAACCUUCAGAAACCAUCGUGGUGGCCCAGGGGUAUGAGAUAAAGGCGACCUGCAAUGCCCUCGCUUCUCUCUCCACGGAGACCACCUGGUUUAAGAACGGACAAAAGGUUUCAAAAGGCCACAGUUUGAUCCUGAAGGAUGCAACGUUUGACACCGCAGGGACGUACGUUUGCGUGAUUUCUGUUUCUGAGAUCGAAGGAUUGGAAACCAGCAGCUCACUGCAUGUGCACGUCAAGGGACCGCCGGAAAUGAAAGAGAAAGCUAUAAAUGAGAUAGAGACUUUUGAGAAGACAGUGGACCUGAGCUGCCAUGUCCGAGGCUACCCCGCUCCCAAAAUCACCUGGACCACCGCUGAUGGAAAGGUCAUCAAAGCAGCGUCUGAAACACAGACGGAGGUCGGCUCUAAGAGCGUGGUUACCGUUCAAGUCACUUCGGACUCCUCUGUUUUCUGUAAUGCUUCAAACGAACUGGGCACUGAUGGGGUGACGUUCAACAUCAAGGCCAAACUCCCUUUACACACCACCACACCAACAACCACCACCACAACCACAUCUACCAUUCCCAAAGCCUCAGAAACACCCAACACCUCAAAGAAAAUCGAGAAAGAGAGCAACGGUGUUAUAAUUGCUGUCAUCAUAAUCUGCAUCCUGCUUCUGGCCAUUUUGGGCAGCGUGCUCUACUUCCUCUACAAAAAGGGCAAAAUCUGCAACCGAUCUGGGAAGCAAGACAUCACCAGGGAGAGAUCCAGCAAAGAUAACAUCGUGGUGGAGAUGAAGAGCGACAACACGGAGGAGGCCAUUCUCCUCGGAGUGAACGGAGAAAAACAAGCACGGGGCGAGCAGUAAAGUAGCUGCCCGUGCAGAAGUGAGGAGGCGCCUGCAAACGCACCGACAGCUGCUUCCGAUCCUCGCACGCCCAGACGCCUCCACCUCCUGAACUCCAGUCACGUCAGGGAAAUCACGUCCGCUCUCAUCACCGCGGAUGUUCUUCAAAACCGAAGCUUUUGCUUGCUGUUCUUCACACCCUCUCCAAAGUUUAAUGAGACGUGAUUUUUUUUUCCAAGCUCCGUCACUUAACUCUGCUGAAAAGCCUUUCGCCUACGAAACCAAAGACAAACUUUUGACCGCCUUAUAAACUGCUGAUUGUCCAGAGAACAAAGUUUAGAGCACAAAGCUGACAGAGACUGUUUUUAUAUAGGAAUUUGCAUCACCUCAGGCAAAAGCAAUCACUGAAGAAGCUCAGUUAGUGUAUAUAUAUAUCAUCAUCUAUGUGUGUAUAUAUUAUAUAUAUAUUUCUUUAUUUAAAAU